AUGUGGCGGCCAGGUGUCCACGUGCGUGGUGUGCGUGGCACGUGUGGCAGCCACCGGGUCACUGUGAGCGGAGAGCAGGUGUCUGUGGCUCUCUGGCAGAACAUGAGCGAGUUCAGUCUACGUGUCCCGCCACGUCGCUGGGGCGGCAAGCGCGAGGUCAUGUACACGGCCUUCAAGGCGCUGGGCGACUCGGUGGACUACGUGCAGGUGUGUGACUCGGACACAAGGCUGGACCCCAUGGCGCUGCUGGAGCUGGUGCGGGUGCUGGAUGAGGACCCCCGCGUAGGGGCGGUUGGGGGGGAUGUUCGGAUCCUGAACCCUCUGGACUCCUGGGUCAGCUUCCUGAGCAGCCUUCGGUACUGGGUGGCCUUCAACGUGGAGCGAGCUUGUCAGAGCUACUUCCGCUGUGUGUCCUGCAUCAGUGGCCCCCUGGGCCUGUACAGGAACAACCUCCUGCAGCAGUUCCUGGAGGCCUGGUACAACCAGAAGUUCCUGGGCACCCACUGCACCUUUGGGGAUGACCGGCACCUCACCAACCGCAUGCUCAGCAUGGGCUACGCCACCAAGUACACCUCGCGCUCGCGCUGCUACUCGGAGACGCCUUCGUCCUUCCUGCGCUGGCUCAGCCAGCAGACGCGCUGGUCCAAGUCCUACUUCCGCGAGUGGCUGUACAACGCGCUGUGGUGGCACCGGCACCACGCGUGGAUGACCUACGAGGCGGUGGUGUCGGGGCUCUUCCCGUUCUUCGUGGCGGCCACCGUGCUGCGCCUGUUCUACGCGGGGCGGCCGUGGGCGCUGCUGUGGGUGCUGCUGGCCAUGACCUUCCUUGGCUGGAAGCUGCCCGUGGUGCUCAUCUUAGAGGAAAACCCAGACCUCACAGUGGCCCAACGUCUGGGUCUGGCUCCCUUCCCCGCGGGUUCUGACAUCACUGUCUACUUAUUUCCCAAAGCCCGCUCCAGCCACAGCGGCCUGCGGGCUGUUCCCCCACUGUGA